GAGAGAGGGAGAAAAAAUAUGAAACAACUCAUUUGCAGAGGAGUAAAUCACGGAAAAGCCGUUUGAGAGCGCGACAGGGCUCCGCUUCCAGCGCGAACACCGGAAUUGUGAUGCGCAGGAGCCCUUCCUCCUCAACUUCUCCCUCUUCUUCUUCUUCUCCUUUCUCUACGUUUUCUGUUUCUUCUUCUUCGCUGGAGUUUUUAUGGAAUCGGUGUGAUCGUUGUUGUUGUUGUGGUUGUGGCUGUUUCCGUUACUCACAUCACCGCGCGUCCGUCACUGUGGCCGUGAGGGGAAACACCACAACAACGGUCACCGACACCGGCGGCAGACUCGCCUCGCGCUCUCUCUCUCUGUGUGUGUGUGUGUCGGUGUUUGUCUGCCUCACAGCGCGCGACAGAAGCAGAAAAAAGGAAAGCACGAGCCGCUGGUCGCUCCCUCUGUGACUCUGCUGAACACUGACUGAACUACUGUAAAAAAAAAAAAAAAAAAAAGAAAAACCACACCAACACAAAGAUGAGUUCAUAUUUCGUCAACUCGCUCUUCUCUAAAUAUAAGAGCGGAGACUCGUUACGUCCAAACUAUUACGAGUGCGGCUUCGCGCAGGACCUGACCGGCAGCCGGCCCACCGUGGUGUACGGCCCGGGCUCCGGCGCCACCUUCCAGCACGCCCCGCAGAUCCAGGACUUCUACCACCACAGCGCCUCCACACUGCCCAGCAACCCGUACCAGCAGAGCCCCUGCGCGGUCACAUGCCACGGCGAGCCCGGGAACUUCUACGGAUACGACGCCCUUCAGCGGCAGACGCUUUUCGGGACUCAGGACGCGGAUCUGGUCCAGUACAGCGACUGUAAGCUGGGAGGCGCGCCGGUGCUGAGCGGAGAGGACGCGGAGGGGACCGAGCAGAGCCCCUCACCGACGCAGCUGUUCCCCUGGAUGAGGCCGCAAGUAGCUGCUGGCAGGAGACGAGGCCGGCAGACUUACAGCCGCUACCAGACCCUCGAGCUGGAGAAGGAGUUCCUGUUCAACCCCUACCACCGGAAACGCCGCAUCGAGGUGUCGCACGCGCUGGCUCUGACGGAGCGACAGGUGAAGAUCUGGUUUCAGAACCGGAGGAUGAAAUGGAAGAAGGAGAACAACAAGGACAAGUUCCCCAGCAGCAAGAGCGAGCAGGAGGCGGUGGAGAGGGAGAGGAGGGAGAAGGAGAUCAGGGAUGGCAGCGGGAGUGGAGGAGGUGAAGGGGGAGGAGGAGGAGGAGGAGGAGCCUCAGUCGCGGCUGUAGCGGGAACAGCGGGGUCACAGGCCGUCGUGAAUGAGGAUUGCUGCGAGAAAACUCCGAAGCCAAUGUAGGGAGGAA